AUGUAAUAUUCACAAUCAAUAUAGAAGUAUAGGAAAUCGACUAGCUCUCCAAUUCUUAAACCGCAGAGUCUACCUACAAUAAAUGAAUUGAGAUUUGCAAUGAGAACCAGAGCAGGAAGUGAUCAAUAGCAUUCAGUCAAGAUUAACUAGGACAGUUUUAUUGCUUGUAGAUUGUAUAAGGAAUAAUAAUGAUAGUAAUGGCUAUUAAUUCUUUGCUAUAUGUGAUGGUCAUGGUUAAAAUGGGCAUCUAGUAUCAUAAUACCUUAAGAAAAACAUCCCAAGUAUAAAUCAUAAGAAUUAGUCAUUCUAAGGAAUUAUCUCAAGGACAUGUCAUUAAAUUCAGAGGGGAUCAACUAAGCAAUUAUUCGAUCAUUCUUGAAAAUUAAUAAGGACCUAUUUCAGACCAACAUAGACACCAAUUUGGCUGGAUCCACCUUGGUCUCAAUAUUGAUGAAAGACUAACAAGUAGAAUGGCCAUUUAUUCCUUAGAUAUUCUGUGCAAAUGUAGGUGAUUCAAGAGCAAUUAUCUGUCAAAAAGUGAAUACUUGGAUGGCCAUCUAAAUAAGUGUUGAUCACAAGCCAAAUAAUGCAAAAGAGAGAGCUCGAAUAGUAAAUGCAGAUGGCAGGAUAUCAUAAAGAAAGACUUCAGAAGGAUAUCCUGCCGGUCCUGAAAGAGUGUAUCUCGCUUUUUCAGACACUCCAGGAUUAGCAAUGACAAGAAGUUUUGGGGAUAAAAUUGGCUCUAAAGUUGGAGUCAUAGCAGAACCAGGUAUUGGUGAUUUAUACUAAAUACAGAGAUAUUGGAAUUUAAGAAAACUAAAGCCCAUAAAUUUAUAGUUCUAGCCUCAGAUGGCGUUUGGGAUUAAUUGACAAAUGACGAGGUUAUGGAUUUGAUACUGCCUUAUUUCAAGGAUAAAUAGGUUGAAUUGGCCACUGAAAGAGUUGUGAGAGAGGCCUUUAAUAGAUGGAAGCAGUUUUCUGUUCUGAGAGAUGAUAUAACUUGCAUAGUAAUAUUUUUAUGA